GGCGGGUUUUGCGCCCAAAAUGCCCACAAAAAGUGGCUAAACCAAAUUCCACGGCCUGCCGCCUUGAUCUGCGCUCGCAGCAUCAAUAAUUUGUGGUACAGUUGACGAAUUCGAAAGCUCAGGUUGCCAGAGGCAGUAUGAAGCCCGCAGAGGCAAAGCGCCUCGCAGCUCUCGCAGACUGUGAAGGCGACGCAUGGAAGGCGAAAUCCAUUCAAAGAUUGUGGGCAGGAAUGGGAACGAUCUAUGAGCUGUCGUGCGGCGACGAGCGCAUCAUUGCCAAAGUCGUAAAGCUGCCAAAGCGCUGCGACAGCGUCGGCGACCGGCGCAAGGCGAAAUCGUACGAGUGCGAAGCAGCAUUCUACCGGGACGGCUAUGCCGCACAGCUGCUGGACGCCGGCGUCGUGGUCCCGAGGCCGCUGCACGUCGAGGCACGCAGCGAUGGCGUCACCAUAGUCAUGUCGCGCCUCGACGGCAGACCGGGAGCGUUCGACCGGCGCGGGACGGAGACGGCGCUUGCUGCGUUAGCCCGGCUCCAUGCGUGCUUCUGGGGGCCAAGGGCCGACGAGGCGGUCGCUGGGGGACUCCAGGAACAGGGCACGAUGUGGUGCGUUCACGAGUCAGAAACGUCGAUGUCCCUUCUCGAUGGUCACUUCCACGCAGGUACUUGGACACGAGAGCCGACGAGUUCGCGUCAAUGCCGACAAAGGGGUGGGAGGGGCGGUUAAGAUUAGCGGCCAAAGCCAUCGACGCGCGACUCAAAGCCGAUCCGAUGCAGAGCGUCGUCCACGGCGACCCCAAAGACGCGAACUUUUACUUCGCGGCGGACGGCACGCCGCAGCUCUACGAUUUUCAGUACUGCGGCAAGGCCUGUCCCGCGAAGGACGUGGCCUACUGCUUGUGCUGCGGGUCGUCGGCGUGGGACGCGGCGGACGAACUGGCGCGCGGCUACCAUCGGGAUCUGUCCACCGCGCUGGCGUCGCGCGGUGAAGAGCCGCCACCCGUCGACGAGUUCCUCGAGACGCUCCAACUGGCCUACGCGGACCUCGGCCGGUGGAUGAGCGGCUGGGGCUGGUGGGGCAACGACCUCGAGCCCCGCAUCUGUCGACUCCUGGACCGCCUCGACGGCGGCACAGCCCUCGCGUCGGCGGAGGAGUAUGGAGCGGCCGUCGCGCGCGAGUUCCCUGUGUGAUGUAAUGAAGCCCCUCGGACGAUCUCUCCGAGACGCCCUGACGUCGGCUUGACGCCGUCGACGAGGGAAUGUAACCUGUACUGCUACUACUUGUAGGACCGUCGCCGCGGGGCCAGG